CGAAAGAAUGCGGUUCAACCCUCUGCUUUUUGUUGUGCAGUUCUGCCUCCUGCGCACUGCAUACUGCCUGGAGCACACCGUGGUCACGGCGGCUACGUACGAGCACGGCGAUCUCAUCUGCCAUCAAGCUGCUGAUCAGCCUUUGAUGCCACCCAUCAGACCACCUCAUCAUACAACGACAGCAAGCGCAGAGGGCAGCACGCAGCUGUUGCAAGUAGCGCCAGCGUGCGGAACGAGUAUAAAGGGACACCCUUUGGAAUACGCGACCACUGGGCAUGGUGGCACCGAAAGAAUGCGGUUCAACCCUCUGCUUUUUGUUGUGCAGUUCUGCCUCCUGCGCACUGCAUACUGCCUGGAGCACACCGUGGUCACGGCGGCUACGUACGAGCACGGCGAUCUCAUCUGCCAUCAAGCUGCUGAUCAGCCUUUGAUGCCACCCAUCAGACCACCUCAUCAUACAACGACAGCAAGCGCAGAGGGCAGCACGCAGCUGUUGCAAGUAGCGCCAGCGUGCGGAACGAGUAUAAAGGGACACCCUUUGGAAUACGCGACCACUGGGCAUGGUGGCACCGAAAGAAUGCGGUUCAACCCUCUGCUUUUUGUUGUGCAGUUCUGCCUCCUGCGCACUGCAUACUGCCUGGAGCACACCGUGGUCACGGCGGCUACGUACGAGCACGGCGAUCUCAUCUGCCAUCAAGCUGCUGAUCAGCCUUUGAUGCCACCCAUCAGACCACCUCAUCAUACAACGACAGCAAGCGCAGAGGGCAGCACGCAGCUGUUGCAAGUAGCGCCAGCGUGCGGAACGAGUAUAAAGGGACACCCUUUGGAAUACGCGACCACUGGGCAUGGUGGCACCGAAAGAAUGCGGUUCAACCCUCUGCUUUUUGUUGUGCAGGUAUACACGACACCAUCGACCGGAUACACUGACACCUAUCUAUGCUAGGACAGACAGCUACAAGUUCUCCUUCUUCCCCCGGACUAUUUCAGAAUGGAAUUCGCUGCCCGCCCCUUACAACAUGUGAAUGCGUUGUAUGUAAGUUCUUUUAUAUUGUUUUAUUGUUUGUUUUGUUUUUGUUUUUGCAUAGAAUGUGUUCUCCUUGCUGUUGAAUGAGCAAGGCAAGUCGUUGACUGUGAAACUCCCUUGCCUUUGGUGUGCAAUACCCUAGCCUUUUUUUUUCUUUUUACAUCGUUCUGUUAAUUGCACCAUAGAUUGAUUAAGGUAUUGCGUUUUUGA